GCUUGCUGGCUGCGUGUGCAACCGUGAUAGCAUUGCACAGUGUGUGUCCAGAGCAACCUUCGAUGCGAACGAAAUCUGUGGCGUGGCAUACCGAAAGGUCUUGAACGGGGAAUCAACAGUCGCCGAGUGUUGCCAGGCGAUGGAGCGUGUCCAGGAUUGCUAUGCAGCUUGCCGCUGCGACAUCGAAUGCAAAGAUCGAGACAUGGUCUUUUGCCCAACGACAGGAACGGUCUCGGACCCCAUCAG